AUGACGGAGAAUAAUGGAAUAUUAAAAGAGGCGACCGCGUCGAAAUACUUUUCUAAAAGAGUCGACGACACCGAGCAACGUGAUAAAUCAGUUCGAGAACGUAAGGAAAAUAUUGUUACAAAAAUAACCAUUGCCGGUGAGCUUAACGAGACGCUUUUAGAAGAAUCCCCGUCCGGUGGAUCGAGACGCGAGAUUAAAAAUCCGAUAAAAAUUGGCGAUAUGGCGACAACCGAUAAGCAUCGAUGUCAACGUCCUCUCCGCGACAUAAUCGGCAAACGGGAGCAGCGUAGAGAAGAAUUGGACAAGAUGGAGGGAGAUUUGCGACAACGCCUCGACAUGCUUGAGUGUUCCAUACCGGCGGUGAUGAUAUGGAAUAUCUGGAGGACGUCGCAAGGCUCGCCCGUCUGCAGGCUGAAACGUAUCCUGGAGAAACAAUUUAAAGACACGAGGGAACUCGCUUGUCGCAGCACACCGAGCUGCCAUUACGAUUGCAGGAUACGAGAAGUCGAGGCGGAAAGGAAGCUGGCGUUGAAAAAAGUGGAGGAAGCUCGAACUCUCUGGUCGGAGAAAUUCGCGACGUUGGAAGAAAGAAAAAGGAAACUUGACGAAGCCAGGAGAAUUCAGGAGGAGCAAAAAAACGCGGUAGAACGGUUAAACGAGGAAACUAGAGUGCUGCGGGAGACGAUGAAGAAAAAAGCGAUGGAAAUGGACGAAUUGUGUCAGUGUGAUGACACGCAGUGUAAGCAGAGACACCUCAGUAAAGUAUCCAGCACGAUGUCCCUCGAGUCCGGAGACAUCGAAUGCCUGGAGAAGCUACAACGAUUAGCGGAGGAGGAGGUGAUCGCGAAGCGGGAGAUUCUCGAGUUGGAACGCCGCGAGGAAGCUUACAUGAGGACACUUCAGCAGACGGACGAGUUGUGGUCGAAGAUGGAGGGCGACACGAUCAGCGCGGCGAGCGGGUUGCAAGAACAAUUGGACAUGAAAAUUGCGGCCAAUCAACAACUGGCGAAUCGCGUAUGCGAACUGGAAGACGCGCUCGAGAAAUGCCGGGCAAGGCUGGCCGCGUGCAGAGCGGAACUGGAGAAGUUUCGGAGUAUCGAGAAAGUUGAUGCUACGAUAGGUCGCGACGAUGACGUCGCCAAAGUGGCAGAUAAGGAAGUCGCGGUAAGGGCUAAAGUCGUGCAUCGACCAAUCGGUAGAGCAGACGACGUAGCCACGGUGAAGGACGACCAAGUUCUGGCGAGGGUCGAAGUUGCGGAUGGGGAGGCGUUAGCGAGAGUUGAAGUUGUGGACGGGGAAGCAGAGGCGAGAAUCGUCCUGACUGACGCCGACGCAGAAACUGCUCUUAUCGGGGACGACAAGUCCGUCUCGGUUAGACCCGACAUGGCUGAUCUCGCUGUCGAUCGUCCGGUAGAUCUCGUGCGAAUCGAGGACGCGGGAAUUGUAGUUCGACCGGAAGAUCUCGCUUACGAGCAACAGAGAUUCAAAGAAGUUCGAGAAUACUUGUCUAAAUUGGACUCCUUAAAAGAGUUGUAUAAAGACGAUGGUAAGCCGUGUGCGCCUGAUUUCGUAUGCAACGAUGUAGUGACGUCGCCCACCGGUAUGACGGACGAGGAACUGAUUGCAUUGGGCGUGGUAGAAUAUACUGUACCGACGAGGAAACCUGAUGAAACUGUAAGUGACCGGGAACGAGACAAGCAAUUACAAAAAGAAUUGGCAAGAAAAGCACUCGAUGUCGUUAAGGAUGUUGAGAAAAAAGAAGAGAGAGAGGAUGAUACUCCCGGCGUCAAAAUCGAGAGGGAAGUUGUCGAGAAAAUGGAAAAACGGGUCGCUGAAAUUGUGGACGUGCCCGUUAGAGAGACUGUAACACCCCGGACAAUCGAAGAAGAAGUUGUGGAUGAUAGGCCGGUAACAAUGCCGAGAGACCGAGCGCCGGAAGUAAACAAAAUCGAGGCCGAUCGGGGAAUCGUGAUACAACGGGAUACGAUCCUAUCGUGGAUCGAUGCAAUCGAUACAAUUCGCACGACAGCAGCGAGGCAUCCUGACUGUCGUGAAGUAAAAAAGGAUGCUGACAUCUUGGCAGAACAAGUUAGCACGUAUGUCGGGGUAAAACCUAAAGAAGUGGCAGAGGAAAACGCAGCACUAAUUACAGAAGGUAAGCGGGAAAAGGUGAUUGAGAAGAACGAAAUAAAAGCGAAGCGAAAUAAAAAUGAACACCCAAUAAAUGAAACUAAGCUACAAGACAAAUUAAUAAUUUUGAAGGCUGAAGAGAUGGAACCUGUGAGAAAAAUUGAAUCCGUACCGGUUCCUAACUCUGAAGAAACGUCGGUAGAAGUGAACGCUCCAAUGGAAGUAACAGCUGAAUCAGAAUUACAGCCUACACUUACAAAAGAGGAAGUACCAAUUGGCAUGGAACCUCCUAUGGCGGUUUCAAUGGAAAAUUCUUUUCGGUCUCCUACAAUUCACAAAGAAGAUUUAAAAGACGACACGGUCCCGUUAGCUGUACCGGAACCGUAUAAACCAGAUAUCGAAAAAAUGAGAACUGAAGAAAUAAUACGAAUCAAAGACAUCGUGCAGAACACAAAAGAAAAUGAAAUACCUAAAAAUAAGAAUGCAGAGAGACAUGCAACGGUCGAAGAUCUGACAAAUAAUAAACUAGCGGUAAAUUCAGUGGCAAAUAGUAAAACGAUAAAUUCGGAUAAAGAAACGUUAGUUGUUCCACAAAUAGAAAAGAAAGAACAAGAAAUUAAAACAUCUAAUCAUAUAGAAAGAAAUGAAAAGGAAACAGACAAAUCAAGAGAAGUGAUGCGGGGAGAAAUAACAGUAGAAAAUGAAAAAACCGAUAAAGUGUUAGCAGUGACAGAAAUUGAGGAAAAUGAAUUUGUAGAAGAGAUCGUAGAAAAGACGAAGGAAAUGCCACAACUGGUUGAAACUAAAAAGACAGAUAUAAAAGAAACGCCACAUAUGGAAAUGAUAAGAACAAAUGAAAUUGUACAAGCUCCUCCGGUUUCAGAAAUGAAAGAGGUGGAACAAGAGAUACUAGCAAUAAAUGCGACAGAAGAAAAGGAAAUUAUACCACGGGCAAUUUCACCGACCGUGGAUAUAAUCGAGGUAGGAAAAUUUGAACCCAACAAAUCUACUGUGGAUGUUGAGAAAGAUUCAACUGCAAAUUCAGUAGAACAAAAAAUUAAAAUUCAAGAACCUACACCUACUUUGGACGUAAAAGAAGAAUCAUUACUUCCUGAAACCGAAGUUGAAGAAAUUGGAGAACCCGUGCCAAUAAAGGAAGAGAUUAAAGCCGUAGAAUCGCCAUUGGUAACGGAUACAGCGAAAGGAAACAAAAUUGAAGUCACAGAAUUGUCACUCGAGGACUUAGAAAAAAAAGAAAAAAUUGAAGCAGAAGAAUUAUUGCCAGUAGUAACAGAAGAAAGUAUUGAUAUAAUUCAACCAACACCAAUAUUACCAACAAUAAAAAGAGAAAUGGAACAGGAGAUCGAAGCAGCGGAAGAACCUGUGCUCAAAGUAGAAAAGGAGAAAGAUGAAGAAAUAGAAGAAGGAGUUACAUCUAUUAAGUUACCUGAAAAGAAGGAAGUACCUCCAGUAGAAAAAAAGAAAAUAAUAACGAGAAUCCCGCCGUCCGAGGAACCAACACUAAGGCACGAAAAAGAAGUGCCAGUAGAAGAGAAAAAGGCAGAAGUGGUCCAGAUGGAAUCAAAAAUUACAAUUGCUGAGAUAAAGUCGACCGAAAUGGAAAUGCCAGCGAUACCACUCGAUCCACAAUUAGUGGCGCAGUAUCUAAUUAUAGCGAAGUUCAAAGAGAAAGAACUAUUGCAGCUUAUACCCGCAAAGAAACCCUGCGCGGAAUGUUGCUUGCAACCGCUGAUUGAGACCGCGGGACCGCUCGACAUUCCGCAGACUGAUGUUCUCCAAACCGAAAUCGUACAAGCCGAAGUCGUAGAAACCAAAACGACGCAAGCCAAGCUCGUGCAAAACGAGGUCGUGCAAGCCGAAAUCGUACAAACCAAGGCCGUCGAAACUGAGCUCGUACAAAUAAUCACGCAGGCAGUUUCGACCGCUGAUGCGCCGCCGAUACAAAUUAUUAGUGAAUAUUUAAAACCAGUCGAGCUAAAAGCAUCGAGGACUGAAAUCGCCGGCGACCGUCCUGAAAUAACCGGCCGAAAAAUGCUCUGGCGCAAACGCUUAAAGGACCAAUCGACCGUCACGACCGCCAGCACCGGAUCACAGACGGAUAAAACAAGCCACGUUAGCCACGACCGAGUUGUAAGAGAUGAAAGAGAACGCGCGAGAGUGCCCACGGAUGAACUUUUACGAUCUAUAAAGAUCGCCGCCGCCGGGCUAGUGCGACCGAACACAGAACGCGAGAUUAGGACGAUUAAUUAUGGUGGAAGGUCUGAGGAAGUGGGCAGGGUCGCCUGUAACUGUUGCUUGUGCGGUAGAACUCCGACUCCCCCGUCGACAGGACCUAGAUUAGAGAUUCAACCGCAGAUUGAUGCGAAAACUGCAACGCCUCCAGCGGUAGCUGCGUUCAAGCGUAUGUUUAUUCGUCCUAAAAUCGAUCACCCGAUGCCGCGUGAUAGAUUGUGUCCCGAUUGCAAGGCGAAAAUUUGGGGCAGGAUGCCGCGCGAGAGGGAUUACGUCGAGAAAAUUAUCAGCAAGAUUUCUCGCGACCAGGGGAGCUGCGGUUGUGCGUCAUCAAUCGGUAAAUCGCGCCGCGCGGUGCCCCAUAAGAGAGCGAUCGAGAAAAGGGAUCAGGCCUGCUUGGCUAAAAUACCUAAGCGGAAGACUAACCCCGCCGAACAAAAAAGGAAAGAUGAUAUGCAAUCAAUUCUGGAGGACUCGGAAAAAUUGGCCGUGCAGCCAUUGUCUCCCAGUUGCAUCUGCUUCAAAUUAGAAAGGACUGGCGUGGAACCAAUUAGAAAAGGCAAUUGUUAUUGCGCGGAUUAA